CGUUUUUAGCGCAACACUUGCGCAUAUUCAAAUGGCGAAGCUGACUUUACUGCCCGAUGUAGUCAAGCUUGAAAACACAUUUUUGCAUCGAUUAUAAUAUUUAUAAUAAGUCCCGUUAUUUUACAUAAACUGCACACAAAAUCAAAGUUAAGUUAUCUUGUCUUUAUCUAUCACAGUCACGUGAUACGUUUUGGCAGGCACAGCAGACAUAAUUCCAAGAUGGCGGUCUGUAUUGCUGUCAUCGCUAAAGAGAAUUAUCCUCUGUACAUCCGAAGCGUACCCGUACAGAAUGAACUGAAGUUCCACUACACUGUGCAUACCUCUCUGGAUGUGGUGGAGGAAAAGAUUUCAGCAGUCGGCAAAGCUAUGGCAGACCAGAGAGAGCUUUACCUUGGGUUGCUCUACCCAACUGAGGACUACAAAGUAUAUGGCUAUGUGACAAACUCCAAGGUGAAGUUUGUCAUUGUUGCGGACUCGUCAAACACAUCUUUGCGGGACAAUGAGAUUAGAAGUAUGUUCAGAAAGCUACACAACUCAUUUACUGAUGUGAUGUGCAACCCAUUCUACAAUCCUGGGGACACCAUUCAGUCCAAGGCCUUUGACAGCAUGGUGUCUGCAAUGAUGGUGCAAGCUAGCUGAUAUUGUCCUCCUGAACAUCUGUACAUAAUUUCGUGAAACCUUUGUGUUGCCUCAUAAUAAACUAUGUCCAUCAGAACCUCUCAUUUACACCAUUUCAAAGAAGCACUAUCAAGUGUAAUUCAUUUAUUAAUUUCUAAAGCAAAAAUUGUUUGACAUUAUAUACAGUGAUAAACAUUGAGCUAUGUACUUGAAGCAAACUGCCAAUUGCAUGUCAAUAUAGUUAAGCCAAAAGAAAGCCAA